AACGCCUUAAACAACCUGUUGUCGAGAGAAGCUAACAAGCUAGCUCAGUGAAACAUUUUGGAUCUUUACAAACUGCCCAGAAACACAUGUCGCUUUGUAAAUAAUGGAUCGAGAACUGAAUGAAGAAGAACUGCAGGACUUGUACGCAUGGAUAGAUAAAAUACCUCUGUCCCGGCCCAAAAGACACAUCACAAGAGACUUCAGCGAUGGAGUGAUGGCUGCUGAGGUUGUAAAAUAUUUCUUCCCAAAGCUUGUCGACCUGCACAACUACAUCCCUGCAAACUCCACACAGCAGAAGCUCAGUAACUGGAACCUUCUCAACAGGAAGGUGUUUUCCAAGCUGAACUUUCACAUGCCCGAGGAGACAGUGAAGAGGAUUGCAUUGAGCACUGCAGGAGUGAUAGAGCCUGUGCUGAGCGCCCUCAGGGAGAAGAUAGAAAAGAAACUUGAGCACACCACAGACAAUAUACCGGAUUUGGAAUACUAUGACACCAGGAACCAGGAGAAACAUCAUACAGAAAUUCAUCAGACUGAAACAAAACAUCUGGCUCAAAUGGCAGGAGAAGAAAUGAAAAAAGAUGAAAAGAGUAGACUGAAAAAUGGAAAACCGCUGCAAACGGUGCAGUUUUACUCAGACAUGGACCCUACUUUACGACUAAUUCUGCAAGAAAAGGAGCAAGCUGUGAUGGCUUUGCAGGAGACAGUGGAGAUCCUCCAGAUGAAAGUCAACAGGUUAGAGCAUCUGAUUCAUUUGAAAGAUAUGCGCAUUGAAGACCUGACGCGGCAUCUGGAGACAUACAAAGCUAAAAGCCAAACCCACUGACACUAUUAAUAUGUAAAACACAGACUCAAACACAGAGAAUAAGUCUUAUCAUCAACUGCAAUAAACUAUAAUUUAGAAAACUUCAGUCCAUCAUGGCACACGAUAAGUUCUUUAUUGUCCUACCAGCUAAAAGCAUCAUAUCUGUUGAAAUGCAUUGUCAGCUUUACAGAUGUUAUGUUUCAAUACUGUCUGUUUUUCAGUAAGUAGUGUUUUUGUGAUGCAAAAGCAGAGUUUAGUAAAUUCAUUUUUAUUAACAUUAGUUACACCAUUCAAAAUCAAGAAAUGUAGGUACUAGUGAUAUAUUUUGUGGAGAUUGGAGUGUGAGGCCAUGCAAUAACUGCCUUUUAUGUAAUAGAUAUUUUUGCAUCCCUAAAGAUAUUGCAUAUUAUGUCCUUGAUUCUGUUGUGAAUGAUUUAUUAUAUUUAGCCUGUUUUGUGAGAAAGAGGAGUUGUUUGAUUAACAAUAUAAAUAGUUGCCUUGAGUUUUAAAUGUGUUUUGCAGAGUGUUUUCAGUAUCUGUAGUCUUCUUUGACUUCUGUGCCUUUACACAGCCUCUGUCUUCUGACCGCCAAAGUGCUCAAUAAAUCAAGUAACCACUUUAA